CUCUCUCUCUCUCUUCUUCUUCUUCUUGUGAUUUCCAUGGUCUGAAACCUCUGAAGGAGAUAAGAGAGGAGGAUGUGUUACGUAGGGAAAGCGACCAAGAUCUUCUUCUUCCUCGUAGGGGCGCUCAUGGUGGUGGGCCUCGUCGUCGGCUUCGGCCUCGUCCGGCACGGCUGGGCACACAAGGCCGCCGCCCAGCCUUGCCAGUCAUCGUCGUUGACCGUCGCCGGAUGCCGGCCCAUCUUCCCCGACCCCAUUCCCGCCGACACCGCCACCGCCUCCACGGCCCCACCCUUCCCCGCGGCCGCCAUUCCCGCGGGCACGAUCCCCGUGCCGCCUCCGCCGCCCGCUGCCACCGACGUUCCCACGCCGCCCACCACGCCGCCACCGACCGUAAUCCUGCCGCCUGCGCCGCCCACAGCCACCGCCACCGACGUUCCCCCGCCGGCCAGUUCCACGGCCGCGCCGCCGCUUGUCAGCUUCGGCCCACCAAGUCCGGUUUACCAAGCGCUCGGCCCGGCCCAUGCAUAGAGGACAAAUAGACCGCUGAACCACCUUAGACUUACCUUUCAUUACUUGGUUUCUUUUUUCUUAUUUUAAUAGUAAUUUUCUUUCAAUUUCUUUUGUUUUUUUGGGGGGGGAAGGAACUCAUGAAGGCUAUUAGGUAAUCUUCUUUUCCUUGUUCUUAACAUUUGGAACUCGAGAUUAAUUUGGGAUGAUUGGAAUAAAUUCAUGUGGGGGAAUUAUUCACAAUAUUGAUCAUCUCUUCUCGCUCUUUCUUCCUAUCCUUAACUAUUUGAUUUAGGCUCAAGAAAAGGAUUAAAAGGCUAAGUUUUUAUGCUCACUGUUAAUUAAUGAAACAUAAUGCACUACAAUUAUCAUUCUUUUUUCUUAAUUCUUUAUUUUCAUCACCACCGGAUAAGAUUUCUCUUUUCGGAGUCACCAUCCAUGGAUGACAUCAGAGGCUUGGAGUCGUUGCCUGACAUGAAGUAAUGCUUGGAUCACACAGACCACAGAAAAAAGAGAUGUCACAAGAGUUCAUGCCUGCAAAGAAGAACACAAGUACACACCACUGCAGGAUGAGAGAGAGAGCUGUUGUUGGAAGUGGUCAUAUUUUGCCCAUUAAUAUCAUAUUCUGAAGAGAGAGAGAGAGAGAGAGAGAGAGAGAAAGAAGAACAUGAAGCUACAGCAAUGUCCUCUUUCUUUCUCCUUGUAUCUGAGAAGUGGAGUGGCUGUAGCCUUUGUCUGCAUGUUCUUCCCUGACACUCAUGUGUGGUUGCUGCUCCUAUUUGGAAUCUUUAUCUGCUCCCUGUCAGUAGACAACACAAGAUGCCAAUUUCUAAUGCCACUACUGUUCUUUAAUA